ACCCUACCCUCCUCUUCUUCUUCCUAAAUCAUCUCUCUCUCUCUCUCCCCCCUCCAUUGAUAUGAACCUGGAAGAGAAAGUCACCAUGGACUUGGUUCAGCCAUCUGAACAUUUCUGCUAUGUCCGUUGCAACUUCUGCAACACUGUGCUUGCGGUUGGGAUCCCAUGCAAGAGGCUGCUGGACACAGUGACAGUGAAGUGUGGCCAUUGCAGCAACCUGUCCUUCCUGAGCACCAGGCCUCCUCCAUCUCAUCACAAUCACAACAACAACAACGAAACACAAGACAAUAUUGAUCACACACUCACCCUUCAGGGCUUUUAUGGUGAUUACAAGAAGGGACAGGCCUCGUCUUCAUCAUCUUCAUCUUCUUUAACUACGUCCAAUGAUCCAGUGUCCCCCAAAACAGCACCUUUCGUUGUCAAACCACCUGAGAAGAAACACAGACUUCCUUCGGCUUACAAUCGCUUCAUGAAAGAGGAGAUUCAGAGAAUCAAAGCAGCCAACCCUGAGAUUCCUCAUCGGGAAGCUUUCAGCGCUGCUGCCAAAAAUUGGGCAAGGUACAUUCCAAAUUCACCAAGCAGUUCACUUUCAGGAAGUAAGAACAAGGAAUGAAAGAGAGCUGUGUGGCAAAGGAAUUAAGUUAGGGCAAGAAAAUUAUAAGGUGGCUUGUUAUUAAGUUUAGUUUAUUUGGAAUCAACUAUAUAUUUUAUAAUGUGUGUGUGUGUGUGUGUGU